UGCUUGCUCGAGCUUGCUCGAGAUAAAAACACAGCCAGAGGAAGGAAGCGUCGACAUCAAACAGUCUGUAAACUACUGCUCCUCGGUCAGUAUUUCACCAAUAAGCCACCAGCACCGCGACCACGGACACUUUUAUAAACCGUUUUUAGCUUUUCUAUUGUUGCGUUGUUACAGCCGCUACCUCCGUUUUUCAUCUGCUGCCAACUGGUUGACUUUGACGCAAUAUGCCUUCAGAAAAAACCUUCAAACAAAGAAGGACAUACGAACAGAGAGUAGAAGAUGUCAGACUGAUCCGAGAGCAGCACCCUAACAAGAUACCUGUGAUCAUUGAGAGGUAUAAAGGAGAAAAACAGCUUCCCAUCCUGGACAAGACCAAGUUCCUGGUGCCAGACCACGUCAACAUGAGCGAGCUCAUCAAGAUUAUCAGGAGGCGCCUCCAGCUAAACUCAAACCAGGCCUUCUUCCUGCUGGUCAACGGACACAGCAUGGUGUCGGUGUCGGCUGCCAUCUCUGAGGUGUACGAGCGGGAGCGGGACCAAGAUGGCUUCCUCUACAUGGUGUACGCCUCCCAGGAGACCUUCGGCUCUGCCAUGACCACCCAGUGAACCGCGUUUCUCCUUCUUCUUCCACCUGGCCGACGAUUGGACAAUUGUAGUUUUUAGCCAUCCCCUCCAUGUUUCUUGCCGCACACCUUUAGUCUUGACUGUAAGAACUAAAACACAAACUACUAAAUCUAAACACAGCGUACGAUCGUUUCCCAGCUCUAAUCGGUUCAGGUUAUGAUCCCUAUAUUCUGAAUGAAAGUGAGUGGCUAAUCUGUUUGUGUACUACCACACUCACCCAGUAGCAUAAAGCCACAAGGGUUGACCAGAACAGCAGAGUUUAAGUAGAGAAACCCCCAAAUCUGACUAUGACUCAGGCCAAUAGAGUCUUUCACCGUGUGUCUCUGCUUAUGUAAUAUUCCUCUCUGGUGAUUCAUGUUGUUACGGCAACGCACCGCCUGUUGACAGCAGUUGUUUUCAGUGUUGUCGUUAUGUGUCUCCCAGGCUGUAUUUAUGUUAAUGUAUAUAUACAUUUCAGGUAGAUAUAGUACGUAACAAUGGUGAUGCUCCACCAUUUAUCUAUAUAUACAUUAGCCAAUGAACAAAGCCGACCUUGAUUUUAAGGUUUUUUGGAGACGGGCACUAGAGAGGGGUUUCUGAACUCACAUGUUGUUUUUAAAUAAAGCUUUUUAUUGCAGUCUGAGGUUAAAGUUAGGUAUCGAUCAGAGGAAAAGAACAAAAACGAGAAGAGAAGAUCAUUGUUAAUCAUCGCAUCUCUGCUAUGUCUCUUGUCACAUUCCCUCUAUGGUCCUUCUUUGGUGUUUUUAUCCCUCCCUUCUUUGUAACCUAAUGCAUCUUCUUCACUGUAACAAAAAGAUGUUAGGAAACUGCUUUUGCUCUUGAAACUGAUGAUUGUAGUUUGCAAAAAAAAAAAAGAUGCCUUGGUGUACAGAUACUAUUGACUUUAUGGCUUUGAAUAUAAAAGGGGUUCCGUUGAGAGUGUAACCAAGUUGAAUUUGGACACACUACGAGGAGCGUGUUCUGAUUGCAUGUGUGAAUGGAGAAUGAUGUAAUGAUGCUGAUGAGGAGAGGAGGGGGUGGGGGGGGGUGGGGUUGUCAUUUCCUUUUCCUUCUCGUUUGAUCUUGGAAUGGAGGAAAGUCCUGAAACCUGGGCAUGUUGAUGAAGCGUCAUGUCUCACUGUUCCAUCUGUUUUUUCCCUUUGACCUGCAGGGUUGAUUUUCCCAGUUGUUGCCAUUGCUCUGUUUCUCGUCACUGAAAUAAAACAAUCACUGUCACUGUGGGAAGGUCCACAUGCCCAGUGGGUUUGUAAGGGCUGCACUCUGAAAGAAAAAAAACAUUUUGAAUAUCCAGUUUUGCGUAUAGAUGGUCCUUCACACACUUUAUGUGCUGUCGUGCUCCUCCUCCUCCUCCUCACCAUCUUUUUAUUAGAUCUGAGGUUUAGCUGCUUUUAUAUUGCAGUAUUUUAUCAUUUUGGUUCUUUAUAUUUAAUGUGAUUUUUAUUUCAUUGUUUGACAUGUCUUGGCUCUUCGCUGUCUACAGUAUGUGAAGGUGACUUUUUCUUUCUGACUGAAAGCCAUUGUGUGUUUGUUACAGAAUGGA